AUGCCUUUUCCCCGCCAUUUGAGGACGCCAAUUUCUCAAUUUCUCCUCGACAAUUCUCACUGUCCGCAAGGCUUCGCCCAGCACGACCACAUCUCUCCUACUUCCAACGCCCGCAGUCAUGGACAAGGAUACACACGCAAAGCUCCCUUCUCAACAACGAGCUCCCGGUCUCUCGCCUCAUCGCGAGAACCAACUCACUACGAGAUUCUCGACGUUCCGGUAACAGCCACGCCCGCCGAAAUCAAGAAACAAUUCUACUCCCUCUCCCUCCGCCACCACCCAGACCGCAACCCCGACGAUCCCAAAGCCUCCUCCCGCUUCGCCAAAAUCAAUUCCGCCUACCAAAUCCUCAGCAACAACACAAAGCGCUCAACCUACGACCGCGACCACGGAAUCCACGCCCACGCCUCCCAAUCCACCCACUCCACCGCAACGCCCGGUCAACACCCCAUGGGCAGCCACAGCAGCCACAGCAGCCACGCAUCGUACUUCGGCUCGCGACCUGCAAGUGGCCUAAGCAAACGGCGGGGUGUAUUCCGGGGUCCACCACCGAGUUUCUACGCGCACGGCGGGUACGGAAAUAGAAGGGCGCCUCCGGGUGCCGCGGGCGCUGCUGGCGGGGGUUCAUAUUCAGGUUCUGCGGCCGGUGCUGCGGGCGGCGCCGGGAAAGAAGACGAUCCGACGUCGUUUAUAGAUCGGAAUCGGGUUUCGCAUUUUAAUGCGCGGGGGCAUUACCGGACGCAGACGGCGGAAGAUGCGCGGCGACAGCAGCGGCGGUCGAGGACGGAGGCCGAUAUCAAUGAGCAGCAUAUAGGCAGUCGCGGGGAUUUCGCAGUGCGGUUUAUCGCGGUCUCGAGCAUUCUUGUGGGUGCGGGUGCGUUAUCGGGGUUCAUCCGAUGGCCGAGUAAUACUGGGGUCGAGAAGUCGGGGAAGACGAAAUCUGCAAAAGUGAAGAGUGGCUGA